AUGCCAAAACUAGGUGCAGAACUGGCUGGCGGAAAUAUCAUCCAGUUUCCAAUUCAAAUUCAGACUCUCGACCUUAACAGUGGUCUAUCGCCGAUAUCAGCUGGCGACGGUUCCUCAACCACUAACGGCAACAACAACAACGCGGCGGCAUCUGUGUCCCGUUCUGGCGGAAGUGGUGCUUCAGAAUCUGGACCGGAUUCAGAACUGGUAAACACUGCAGGAACUGAGAACAAUGAGCAAAAUGGAAGUGGAGGUCAUCCGAGGGGGAAGGAGGCGGCUAUUAAACAAGCACAUCGAAGGACGCAUAGAAAGAGUCGUAUGGGGUGUGGGAUGUGUAAAACGAGGAAGGUGAAGUGCGACGAAGGAAAACCUCGCUGCGGGAACUGUCUGGACCGUAACGAGAAAUGCGUCUAUGUAGCCCCCUCCCACUCUCGCCCACAGAGGCCUGUAACAUUUCAGACGUCCUCUCGGUCUUCAGAUAGCGGAGGUAGUAGUCACCCUGCGACCCCGCCAGAAGUUUACGAUGACGGCGAGUUCGACGAAAUCAUCCCUCGACCUGGUCCGGAAUAUACAACCAACCGAGUUAUCAAAGUCGACUUAUCUCCACAUUUCGCACUGGUCCCUGGUCGCCCUGGUCGCCCGACAAAUGAAGCAAAAUUGUUACAUCACUGGAUAACAGUCACAUGUAGUGGCGUGCGUUUCCCAAAUCGUUCUUCAACUGCAGAACUUAUGAGGGAAGCUAUACCACAACUUGCAGCAUCAUAUCCUUUCCUUCAAGAUGCAUUACUCGCUUGUGCUGCAGUACAUUUAAUCGACCGUACUGCUGUUGAACCCCAAACUCUGGUCGGCUCAGCUAGCUCAAAAUACUUCACCAAAGCUCUCCGGUCAUUCCAGCAAAUCCUUUCAGAACCGGAAAAAGUCGCAGAGAGCGCCGAAGCAGUCUUUGCAACAUCGAUGCUCAUCGCCCUCUGGAACGGCAUGAACGCAUUCCAUCAUUCCAAUAAAGAUGAAUUCUAUGACGAUUUCGUACGGUUCUUCCGUAUGAGCCAGGGUACUAAAACUGUUGGCUUUAACUACUGGAAUCACCUCGACGGAACACGAUGUAGACGUUUAAUCGAAGCUCGCGAGGGUGCAACAGUUCUUGACGAGGAGCUCCCCGAUUUCUUAAAAAACGAACGACUGAUGCUGAUAUCCAGCCGUGUAAAAGACGGUAUAGACCAGGAAGUCGACGAUCCAGCCCUCCGUGAAGUCUAUAGAAUCACAAUGAGCCUUAUAGAAUGGGUUCACGCUGCUCUCUUAAUCCCAACGAAUACUAUCAGCGAACUUGCAGGUCGUGUUAAUACUUUCCCUACAAUGUGCCCAGGGGCAUUUGUGACCUUACUCGCUCAAAAGGACGAGAGAGCUAUUGCGAUUGCGGCACAUUAUAUGGCAACAGCAUGCAAGGUUGAUAACUACAGUUGGUUUUUGGCAGGCGGGAAGAUGAAGAGGUAUAUCCGGGUGCUAUGUAGUAUGGUACAGAGAAAAGAGUGGGUUGUUUGGCCGUUGAUUACUAUAGGAGACAGUUGGACGAGUGUGCUGCUUCAAGUUGAUGGGCAAGAGAAUGAGAGGAUAUAUAAUCUGGCGACAGAGAUUUUGGGUAACAUACCAUUGGGCUGGUAG